AUGCCACCACAUUUAUUUGACAAUAAUGGCAAUGAUAGUGUAAUGCAUUCAGAUUGGCAAAGGUUAUUUGAAGAUGAGCAUAAAAAGAUAGGGGAGCGGUUCCAGCGGCAUAAAUGUCGACCUGUUUGUUAUAAAGGACGAAGUAGCAGUAGCAGCUGUAGGUUUGGCUAUCCUCAUAAAAUCAUUGAAAGUUCCAGUUAUGACAUUGAGGAAAAUUCAAUAAUCUUUUGUCGUAAAGAAAGUGAUGUUAAUGGUCACAAUCCUGAUUUGCUAGUAUAUACUAGGCAUAAUCAUGAUCUUAAGUGUAUCUUGUCAGGAAAGGCUGCUAAGGCUGCAAUGUUUUAUAUAUCUGAUUAUAUUACAAAAAUGCCAUUAAGUACAGAUAUUCUUUUAUCAACAUUG